CUUGGUUGAACUAAAAAAAUAAUUAUCACUCAAUGUAUAGCCAGAUUACCAUAUCAAGCAAAUGUAUGUGAGAUACUUCUAUCACUAUCAGUAUUGUUACAGAAUGCGCCAGGUCCUGAAACAAGCAUAACCAGUCCAUCGUUUUGCCAUUUGAGCUGGUCUAUUAGUCAACCUAUUUGCCACUUUCCGUUCAAAAACAUCUGCUAUUUUUUUUCAUUUAGCAUGAAACAGUUGAAAUACACAGGAUCCAAUGUAUUAUGUAACAAUACCGCUAAGUUUAUAUAAUUUGAUUCGAAACUAAUAGUAGUCAAUAUUACAGGUACUCAAUCCUCUAGACGCCAUAUGCGACAAGCCAAGGGUUGAAGCCAUUUGUGUGAGUCAAUUGCAAAAUGCUAAGAAGAUUGACGAAUCAAUUCUGCAAGAACGACCAGAUGUGAAGAUCUUCUUACCCUUCCGAUUUUUGUUCUAUAAACCAGAAGAAUUGUUCAAGCCCAACACAUACAACAGAUUUUUAGCUGCGCCCGGAGGCGACCACGUAAUAAGUUUGAUAGACGAAAUCUCCUUCAAAUUUCCACCGUCUCCACCACUGUCUCAAUUGGAUGACCUUGACCAGGAUAUGUUCUGCAAUGGAGAUAACAGACCCCCAAAUUGCGGCAAGGACUGUCAGUGCGUGCAUACUGUGGACAUACCACUGAAUGCCAUAGUAGAAGUGGUCCUAGUAGACGAGGUUCAAUCUCCCAACCUAAGUCAUCCGUUCCACCUUCACGGCUACUCAUUCCACGUGGUGGGUAUUGGUAGAUCCCCCGACCAAAACGUAAAGAAGAUCAACUUGAAACACGCUUUAGAUUUGGACAGGAAAGGACUCCUUCACCGGCACUUUAAGUUGCCUCCUUUGAAGGACACAAUUGCGGUACCCAACAAUGGAUACGUGAUCUUGAGAUUCAGGGCGGAUAAUCCAGGUUUCUGGCUGUUCCACUGUCACUUCCUUUUCCACAUAGUCAUCGGGAUGAAUCUGGUAUUCCAUGUCGGGACUCAGCACGACCUACCACCUGUUCCAGAAGGCUUUCCGAAAUGCGGAGAUCAUUUACCACCGAUAAUGUUCUUAUAGAAGUGACGCCACAGUUCGUGCGUCGAGCGGAAUAAUUGCAAAAUGUAGAGAUGCAUCUUUUAGUUCUCGUAUAUCUGAUGCAGAAUUAUUUGCUUGCAUCCAGUCAGUAUGACAUACUAGCAGAGUUCCAGCCAAUGUGGGAUUUCGCUUACUCUUACCUCCAAAUCCCGCAAAGCUACCAGAUGGCCCUAUUUAAUAACAAACAAAAGGUGGUACCUAAAACGGAUACGUCAAUAAUUUGGAAAGGCUAUUUUUUAGUAACUACUUUCUCUGUGUAUACAACUAAGUUGGUAAAACCUUUUGUUUUUUCUACUGAUGCCGGUAGACUUCUGAGACAUUUUGCAAUUUUUUCGUAAAUAUUCAUAGUUUAGCAAAAAGUGCGUGUGUGUUUGUGGAUAGACCAUUUUUACAUGUGUUCAGUUUAUCAAACAUUUUUACAUUCUCGUGAUAGUGUGAACUUGCCAUUGGCGUUUUUCUUAUAGAUGGACAAUAUAUUUUUUUAAGUGUUUUGUAUUAAGAUGUUGUUAUUCUUGUACAAAUUAGAAAAUAGAGUAUUUAUUCAUUUCGACUGUACUGUCCACUACACAGAGGGGAAAUUUUUAUCAGUAAGACGGUAAUUCCAUUCCGUUUCUUCCACCUUCAUAAUAGUUUAUAGGAGUCCAAGUUCAUUCGUAUUUUAUAGUUCGGGAUUUUUUUUGGAGUUUACUAUAAACACUUCUUGAUGCUUUUCAGACUGGACUGCUGAAGUCAGUAUCAUUAUGAGUAUUUUCAUUAACUGAUUCAGAGACUUUGCGUUUUCAAUUAAAUCCAAGAUCUGAAUCGUAUUUGGGUGAAGUAGUCAAUUUUACUAUUACAAUCAGUUGCCCCAGUAAAAUUUUAAAAAGUUACGACUGUCUGAUUCCUUGCAUCUGUUGUAGCCAGUGGACAGUAGGCGCAUAUUCGGGUAGUUGUGUAUAUUUUACUUUUGUUGUACAUAAACUUUGUGAAAGAUUUAAAUUUUUAUACUUA